CACAAUGGCCUCGAAUCUGAGUAAUCAAUCUCGUAAUUUGCUCAGCAAGAAAGUCAUGGUCAAUAAGGAGGAAUCCUUGGACAAUAUAACUCCCUUUUCGAUUAUAACCAUGAUGUCAUUUGUUUUAUUAUUCCCUGUGACUUUUUUCACGGAAGGUCUCAAGUUCACUCCUGCAUCCCUACAAGCCGCAGCGCAACAGGGAUUAAAUGUCCAGCAGGUAUUAACCAGGUCCUUCCUUGCAGCGUUGUGCUUCCAUGCAUACUAGCAGGUCUCUUACAUGAUACUACAGAGGGUAUCGCCAGUGACCCACUCUGUAGGAAACUGCGUGAAGUGUGUUGUGGUCAUUGUCAGCUCAGUUCUCUUCUUCCGAACUCCAGUUUCACCCAUAAAUUCCCUAGGUACGGGAGUGGCCCUUGCUGGAGUCUUUCUGUACCCACGCAUGAAGCGCAUUAAGCCCAAGCCAAAGACUGCUUGAAGGACCACCAAUGAUGCUCCGGAAGAACGAAACAGUAUCCGUAGU